UGUCACGUAAUAUGGGCUCACUUCAGCACAGCAUGUAUCAGGCCGGCUCCCUUCGUCGCUUUACGGCUGAGUGACGUGGAACGUCAACAGUGAACAUGGCUGAGCCAGAGGACGCGUCUCCGUUGUUUUCUCCGUCUCCGUUGUCUUCUCCGUCUCCGCCGCUUUCUUCCCCGGAAGCCGCAGAGGAGGAAGAGGCUGACUCCUGGGUGACCGAUCUAGCUGAGGCUCUGGAAGCUGGUGGCUGUGACUUGGAGACUGCAAGAAACAUUAUUCAAGGACGACCUGUUCCUUCAGAUCUCAGGGCAAAAGUGUGGAAGAUUGCACUAAAUGUGGCAGGAAAAGGGGACAGUUUAGCAUCCUGGAAUGAAACCCUAGAUCUUCCAGAACAGCCAAUGAUUCACAGAGCUUGCCAAAACCUUAUAGACCAGCUUGCUGUGGAGGAAGAAAGGAAAACGUCUGUCCUUCAAGACGUUGAAUCUGUUGUUACUUUUUACUGUAAAUCUCGAAAUGUCAAAUACCAGGAAGAUGUCAGCUGGAUUCACCUCCUCAAACCAUUGGUGGACCUCAACUUACCACGUAGCGACUUGUAUAAUUGCUUUUAUGCAAUCAUGAAUAAGUAUAUUCCCAGGGAUUGUUGCAAGAAAGGAAAACCAUUUCACUUAUUUCGUCUGCUUCUUCAAUACCAUGAGCCAGAACUCUGUUCUUUCCUAGACACAAAGAAAAUCACCCCUGACCUUUAUGCGCUUAACUGGUUUGGGAGCCUAUUUGCGCAUCCCUGCUCAGUGGACGUCACUCAAGCAAUUUGGGAUAGUUAUUUACAGCAGGCGGAUCCAUUCUUGAUGUACUUCUUGAUGCUGAUAAUGCUCGUCAAUGUAAAAGAUGUUGUUCUGGCAGAAGGAAUGGAAAGUAAAGAAGAGCUCAUCAAAUUUCUGGCAAGUCCUCCAACAAAUCUAGAGGUUGGAGACAUGGAGGACCUAUUUAGUUUAGCUCAGCAUUACCACAAUAAAACUCCUGUGUCUUUCCGUAAGGAUAACCAGAGCCUGUUUGGGAGAAGCCUGAUCGCUCUGAAAGAUGACACUGAUCUUAGCCAGGCUCUUUGCCUGGCUGUUUCUGUAUCAGAAAUUCUUCAAGCAAAUCAGCAAGAGGAUGGAGUACGGUUCUUUGUGGUGGAUUGCCGACCAGCAGAACAGUACAAUUCUGGUCACCUGUCUACUGCAUUUCACUUGGACUCAGAUCUGAUGUUGCAAAACCCCGGAGAGUUUGCCCUGUCAGUGAAGUCUCUUCUGGAAGCUCAGAAGCAAUCCCUCGAGUCUGGCUCAGUAGCUGCAGGAGAACACCUGUGCUUUAUGGGCAGUGGAAGGGAAGAGGAGGACAUGUAUAUGAAUAUGGUGCUUGCUCACUUCUUACAGAAAAACAAGGAAUAUGUUAGUAUAGCCAAAGGAGGCUUUAUGGUUCUGCAGCAACAUUUGGCAGAUAUAAAUGUCGAUGGACCAGAUACGGGGUAUGGACACUGGAUUGCCGGUACAUCAGGCUCACGUACCACUUUGGGUCCCUAUGCAGAUGAGGAUUCUCCUAAUGGUGUGGCUGACGGGAGAGGUGUGAAAUCUUUAGUUAAUAAAAUGACCGUAGCAUUAAAAACCAAAUCUGUGAAUGUGAAGGAAAAAGUGAUCAGCUUCAUUGAAAACACAUCCACUCCAGUAGAAAGAAUCACUUUCAAUCUUCCCUGGCCAGAGAGGGCGAGUUUGGAGCGACACAUCAGCAGCAGCGACAGGGUAGGAAAGCCGUACCGAGGUGUGAAGCCUGUAUUCAGCAUCGGAGAUGAGGAGGAGUAUGACACAGAUGAGAUUGAUAGCUCAUCUAUGUCUGAUGAUGAUCGCAAAGAAGUUGUUAAUAUUCAAACAUGGAUAAACAAGCCAGACAUCAAGCAUCACUUUCCAUGUCAUGAAGUUAAAGAAAACGGUCACAUGAUUCCAAGUAACCUUCUGGUAACAGCAACCCACAUGUAUUGUUUGCGGGAGAUCCAGUCUAGGAAAGGAUUUGCGUAUAUACAGUCAAGGCAAGCGCUGAGCUCGGUUGUAAAGAUCACAUCUAAGAAGAAACAUCCAGAGCUGAUCACAUUUAAAUAUGGAAACAGCAGUACAUCAGGAGUGGAAAUACUAGCAGUGGAGAGGUACUUAAUACCCAACGCAGGAGACGCUACCAAAGCCAUCAAACAACAGAUCAUCAAAGUUCUUGAUGCCUUGGAAAGCUAACAGCACCUCUACCACCCUUUUCUAUUUGUUGACCAGAAAAUAAAAUAGUUAAUUUAAUUUUCUUGGGGUUCUAUUUCAUAACACUCCUUUUGCAUAAGUUUUUUUUUUUUUUUAAUGAUUUCCAUUUUGACAAGUGUACAUUACUGUACUGAAAACGACUGUUCAGUAGAGGAGAAUGAUAUCUGACCUGAUCAUCCCAAGGCUCAGAAAUGGAAAUGAAGGAGGAAUGACAUGGACUGAAUGAUAUAUUUUUUUUUUUUCCUACAGUUGAUUUUGUGUAAAUAAAGGGGAAACACUCAGGUUAGCGUACCGGUGAUGGUAAGCACAGAGCCCUGACUGGAUCAGUAUUGACAGCGGACGGUGCACAGAAAGGACUGUACUAUGCACCAGAAGCGCUCCUCAUCAUAACCAAAUCACAUUUAACCACAAUGCACUAACAAUAGGUUUUAAUUUGUUUUUGUUUUUUGUACAUUCCAUCUAUAGUUUCCACAGGGCUAAAACCACCUCCCAGCUACCCCAAUUUGUUUCAUUAAUGUCCCAAUUUUCA